CGCACACACAGGGAGCAGGGGCGCCCAUCCUCUCUCCCUCUCAGUGCGACUCCUCCGAGGGAUCAGGAGUAGACUAAGUCAAACUUCAUGCAGUUUGAGAUUUGUGCGCAACCUCCGAAGCCUCCGAGUCGCCGAAGGUGUCUGUGGUGAUGUUGCCAUGUGCCAGCUGCCAUCUGCCCUUUUCCUUCUUUAUUCAGGACUGAUGUCCAGAUGGUGUGCCCCUCCAUGUGCCGCCCACUUCAGCUCUCCCUGACUUUUUCAUGGGCCACGAACCGACCCAAGCAUUCACGGCCACUUGAUUUAACCCGACCAGUCACUGCACUCCUCACCCUCAACCCCCCGCCCCUGACCUUCACCCUCUGCCCCUCCGUUCCACUCAAGUAUCAGUCCUAACCCUGCCUCAGCCCAAAAUGGUGGCCCGCAUUCCCGCUCUGGUCUUGGUCAUGAUGUGUCGGGGCGUGCUGCUCUCCGUCGGAGACCCGCCUCCUCCUCGCCGAGAGAUCCGCAUCGAGGGCGACCUGGUGCUCGGCGGCUUGUUCCCCGUGCACGAAAAAGGGGGCGGCAUGGAGGAGUGUGGCCGCGUGAAUGAGGACAGAGGGAUUCAGAGAUUGGAGGCCAUGCUGUUCGCCAUCGACAGAAUCAAUAUGGACCCGUCUUUGCUGCCUGGCAUCUCCCUCGGUGUACACAUCCUGGACACUUGCUCCAGAGACACCUACGCACUGGAGCAGGCUCUGGAGUUUGUGAGAGCCUCCCUCACCAAGGUGGACGACACCGAGUUCAUCUGUCCCGACGGAUCGUACGCUCUGCAGGACGACAGCCCACUCGCGAUCGCCGGCGUCAUAGGAGGAUCCUUCAGCAGCGUCUCCAUACAGGUUGCCAAUCUUCUCAGGCUCUUCCAGAUCCCUCAGAUAAGCUACGCGUCGACGAGCGCCAAGCUCAGCGAUAAAUCCCGCUAUGAUUACUUCGCCCGCACCGUGCCCCCUGACUUCUAUCAGGCCAAGGCCAUGGCAGAGAUCCUGCGGUUCUUCAACUGGACAUACGUGUCCACCGUGGCGUCGGAGGGGGAUUACGGUGAAACGGGUAUAGAGGCCUUCGAGCAAGAGGCCCGCAUGAGGAACAUCUGUAUCGCCACUUCAGAGAAGGUGGGGCGUUCAAACGCCAAGAAGUCCUAUGAAGCUGUGAUCCGUCAGCUCCUCCAGAAGCCGAAUGCCCGAGUGGCCGUUCUCUUCCUGCGCAGCGACGAUGCCAGAGAGCUGCUGGCAGCUGCUGCCCGGCUGAACACCUCCUUCAUCUGGGUGGCCAGCGAUGGCUGGGGUGCGCAGGAAAGCAUUGUCAAGGGAAACGAGGGCGCCGCUGAAGGGGCCAUCACACUUGAGCUGUCAGCCAAUCCCGUGCCAGAAUUCAACCGCUACUUCCUCAGCUUGGACCCGGUCAAGAACCACCGUAAUCCCUGGUUCAGGGAAUUCUGGGAGCAGCGGUUCCAGUGCUCUCUAGGUGGCGGUGGAGCAGGAGUAGGUGGCGGUGUUGGACUCGGGGAGACGCAUCUUCUCCCCCCGUGUGACAAGGAUUUGUCCAUUGAUAAGAACAACUUUGAACCCGAGUCAAAGAUCAUGUUUGUGGUGAACGCGGUGUACGCUAUGGCUCUUGCCCUUCACAACAUGCAGAGGAGUCUUUGCUUCAACACCACCAAGCUGUGCGACAGCAUGAAGGCCUUGGACGGGCGAAGGCUCUACAGGGAAUUCAUCCUCAACGUCAGCUUCGCAGCCCCUUUCUCUCCGCCGGGCAUCGAGACAGCGGUGAAGUUUGAUUCCCAGGGGGACGGCAUGGGCCGAUACAACAUCUUCAGCUACCAGCGCUCCGGCGAGCGUUAUACUUACAUGCCAGUGGGCGAAUGGGCAGAGACUCUGACACUGAGCGGUGAUCUCAUCCACUGGCCAAGAGAAGUGGUGCCCACCUCGCAGUGCAGCGACCCCUGCGAACGUAAUGAGAUGAAGAAAAUGCAGGCAGGUGAGUACUGCUGCUGGAUCUGCACGGCCUGUGAGCCUCAUGAAUACCUGGCUGAUGAGUUCACCUGCUCGCCCUGCGCUCCCGGCCAGUGGCCCACUGACGAUCUGGCAUCCUGUUAUGACCUUCCUGAGGACUACAUAAUGUGGGAAGACGCCUGGGCCAUCGGUCCAAUUACUAUUGCUUGUGUAGGGUUCAUGUGCACCGGCAUGGUGUUCUGGGUGUUUGUCCGACACAACAACACGCCACUGGUGAAAGCUUCGGGCAGGGAGCUUUGUUACAUCCUCCUCUCUGGAGUCUUCUUGUCGUACGCCAUGACUUUCCUCUUCUUGGCCAAACCCUCUCCCGCCAUCUGUGCCCUGCGUCGCCUCGGCCUGGGCACAUCCUUUGCUGUCUGCUACUCAGCCCUCCUCACCAAAACCAACAGAAUUGCCAGGAUUUUCAAUGGCGUCAAAGACGGAGCGGGCGCGGUGAGGCCACGCUUCAUCAGCCCGUCGUCUCAGGUGUUCAUCUGUCUGAGUCUAAUCUCCGUCCAGUUGGUGAUGGUCACAGUGUGGCUGCUGCUGGAGGUUCCUGGGACACGGCGCUUCACAUUGCCUGAGCGACGGCAAACUGUCAUCCUCAAGUGUAAUGUCCGUGACUCCAGUAUGCUGCUGUCACUGGGAUAUGACGUGCUCCUGGUCAUCCUGUGUACUGUGUAUGCCUUCAAGACCAGGAAGUGCCCAGAGAACUUCAAUGAAGCCAAGUUUAUUGGGUUCACCAUGUACACUACCUGUAUCAUAUGGCUGGCCUUUCUUCCCAUCUUUUAUGUUACAUCAAGCGACUACAGGGUCCAGACCACCACGAUGUGUAUCUCCGUCAGCCUGAGUGGCUUCGUGGUCCUGGGCUGUAUGUUUGCACCGAAGGUCCAUAUCAUCAUGUUCCAGCCCCAGAAGAAUGUGACCAGCCACAGGCUUAACCUCAAUCGCUUCAGUGUCAGCGGUGCAGCCACCACAUACGCAUCUCACGCUCCUGUCAGUGCCCACUUCGUCCCCACCGUGUGCAACGGGAGAGAAAUCGUCGACUCCACCACUUCCUCCCUGUGACCACGUACAGUCCACUCUCCGAAUCUGCCCCUGCGACUGUUAGCCAAUCCACGAACAUCGUCCCCUCCAGCCUUUCUUCCCCCACCUCCCACACACACACACACUCUACACACUGCAUACACAAAAAAAGGCAUAUGUACACAUGAACACAAAUACACACACAGACACACACACACACACAAACAAACAACCUUCCUUGUGGACUAGAACUGUAUUGUUUCACAAAUGUAGAAAGUGUGUAAGUACAAUUAAAUUAUUUUCUAGGGAUGUACAUACAUGGAAUCGACAUUGUUGUAAGUAGAGAAACAAAAGAACAAAAAAAGUUUUUAGGAGGAAAUUUUUGGAGCCUUUGUUUUUGAUAGCUUUGUUAUGAUGCUGUGUAAAUAGACAUGCACUUCAUCAUGGUAGGAGGGGGUGUGUCCCUCGGUCUGGACGCACAUUCGUGGCUCUGCUUGCCUCACCUGCAAUACCCCACUGACUUUUUAUUCUCAUGCUUUUUUGUAGGUCUCAUUGUAAUAAUUCGUAUGCAUUUCUAUUUGUGUAACUUUACAUUUGUAUAUUAUACUACUGAUGGUUCGAACAGCACAAUGUUGACAGUCCUGUAACCCUAGAGUGAAUGUGCACACAAGCUGAAACUGGAUAGAGAAUGACGCCUGCAACGAAAACAUGUCCCCCCCCCAAAAAAAUACUUCCAACCCAAUCGACAUACUGUUCCAGAACCCGAUUUUUAGUUUGAGAAUUUGCCUUUUUCACAUCUAGAUAUAUAUACGAUUUCCAUCCUAGAUCUGUGUAAAGAACUCAUUGUGGAUGUUUUUGCAGGAAAGUAGGUUUGGCUUUUUGAUACAAAUGUCAUUUGUUUUCUAUUUCUGAUCAUGGAAUCCCUUUAUCUAAAUGGCCAUAGUUCCAGACAUGUGUUCACCAAAGCAACGCCCAUGUGUGUUUCGGUAAUGGAUCACAAUCGAGUGAGUCAAACAGUAAUGGAAGGAUGAAACCGGCUGCUUUGCUGAACACAUGUCGCCUUUUUCCGCCUACAGGGGAAUGGUAGCUUCUGUUUUUUGUGCCCCACAGAUAUGGUGAUGUUUUGAAUAUGGCUAUGUGCCUUAAUGUAUCUUGAUAGCGCUCCAGGCAGAGGUUGUAGGACCUCAGUUUUACAUUGCCAGCUGCAAAUCCUGAGUUUGGCAAUUUGUAAAAGUGACCUCAGUAUUAGAGUUUGUGUGUCAGGGCAACGCUUAGUUAGUUUUAUCCCCUAUAUCUCAAGCCUUCUGCCAUUGAUUGUUUACCUGAAGUGUUAAAACGGGGACUUCAGUUCAGAUGACAUUCUCUGCCCAACCUUCUCUCUCCAGCGUGAGAUUAAAAAAAAAGAAAACAGACCCCACCAUCGCAGCGACUUUACGUUUUUACAGCUUAGCGGCUCCAAGAAAAGAAGGAAGGGGGGAAGAGAAGCUCAUACCCCAUUAAGAUGAAGUCACUGACUUGUUGACGUACUGAAGUGUGCAGUUUACAUGCCUGUGUUAAAUGUGUUGACGUUGAGAGGCACAGCGGAGCAGCUGGCCCCGGCGGUCCCAGAGAGCCUCGCAGGAGGAAGCAGAGCACACAGUGUCAGCUGCCGGCACAUCCCAGCUAACAAAAGGAUGCCAGAGCAGAAUUCAAAUGCAUAACAUACUAACACUGAUCAAAACACCUUCAUCAAUCAAACUCCGCGUUUGUGGCUGGAAAUGUGACAGACUCGCUUAUGAGGUGUGUGUGUGGGGGGAGGGGGGGGGGCAAAGGCAUACACGAACAAAGUUGUUUUAAAGAAAAUCUAAAUAGCCUAAAUUAGGGAACUAAUUUACUUUUACAGCAUAUUUAAUUUUACGGUUUGGCCUCACGCAGGAAUUUAUUGCAUCUAGGGUGGUAGUAAAUUAUUGUUAAAGCUGAUCUUAAAUGAUGACAUACUAUAAUAUGCUGUCGAAAAUAAAGUGUGACUGUUAAACUUGAUAUUUCUAACAAAAAAAAAAAACGUGAUCAGAAUCACUUCUUUGCUUCCCCGUGACGAGUGCUUUUUUAAAAAUUCAUGUUCGUGCAAUAGGCAGAAGAAGAACUGUUGAACACUCGGCUCCUGACCCAUCUCCACCUUUGCACAGCCGGACUCCCAGCAACACCCUGUGAUUAUCACGCUGAAUGAUUGAUUGAGAGGUUUUUUAGCGGAUGCACCAAAGACGAGCCGACCUACAUCGGGGCUCGUGCGUUCGGUGCAGAGAGCAGGGAGAUAGAGCGAGCGAUGUGGCAGAGCUGCUGCUGCUGCUGCUGCUGCUGGAUUAUGCAAAGCACUCCCACAGCCCAGAAGUCACAUCGCUUCUGUGGAAGCUCAAAGCAUCUCAGAGAUUCAGCCUUUGUUAGCAGAAGGCUCAGCCAUUCACUCAGUGGUCCUGCUCCCACAAGAUACACCCCGCAUGGCAGGUUGCUACGGACAACCACCGCCACAUCCGCUGCUGGAAUGUGUGUUUGUCUGCACGGAGGGGAGGAGGGGUGAGGAGAGGGCGAAAGAAGAAGAAGAAGAAGAAGAAGAAGAAGCGGAAUAUAAAGAGGUGCUGCUGGUUCUGAUUCAAAUUGGCAGUGAAUGGUGAGAUUUGGCUCGGUCCGGCCCAGCACUCUACUCCCGGCUUUUAAUGGCCACACAAAUAGAGCACUUAACCCCGAUUCUGUCCUCGCUCGGUCCAGGGCCUAGUCUCGGACAACAGUCUCACACUCUUCCUCUGACCCUCGCCUUCUCAGUCCGUCUCAAACCUUUAGCCCCCCCCCCCCCCCCCCCAGCCAUCUUUGUCCGCCUCAUCUCCCCUCUGUGUGUGUGAAACUUGCUGCCGAGUCGCUCUCAGCCAGGACCACCUAUAGCCGUGCCAACAGAUUGGUUGCCCGCACUCGCACUGAAGCGCUCAGAUCCGCGAGGCCACUCCAUCACAUGCCAGCGAGUCGGCCUUGAGGAGGGUGGAAGAAGGGAUGUAGGGAAAGAGGCUCUGCAAAAAAUCUGCAAAGGAAAAUAAAUAUAUAACCUUGCUCACUGCAAUUACAGCAUCAUAUCAUGCACCCACUAGCUCUAUCUGCAGGCUUCCUUAAUUGGAUUUACUCAUGAAUCUCCCUUUCAACCAGCAAAACAUCGACUGCGGACAUUGUUCCUCUAUUCACCCGCUGCCAAACUGCCAUGUGCUCUACAAAGGUCUCUGUGCUGUAGCCCCCCCCCCCCCCUCGCUAUAUAACAGAAUGUGUCCUCGGCCUCUGGGGCCUCAAAAUGAGACAAGACCUCUGCGGCGAAAGGGAGCUGGGGCCGAGCUGAACUCUGGAACUGGCGAGACACAAAGCAAUUGUCCCGUGUUUACGAUUACGUGCAAUAACGAGGCUGUGAUGACAUCAUAAUAAAUAACAACAAGCAAACAGCGUGGUGUGGUCUGCUCGUCC